UAAAACGUUCCUACUUAUGGAACAACUUUGAGGAAUUCCGGCUCACUCAGAACAUGCGCGUUUCUGCACUAACAGAUACUCCAGAAGAACAAAAGAAGAUCGCAGAUUUUGCGGACUGGAUUCUAAAUAUUGGAGAUGGAUUAGUUGGAAAUAAAGAAGAAGAGGCAUGGGUACAUAUACCGGAGGACUUACUACUGCAGAAAGGAGAGAACCAAUUAGAAACAAUCAUCAACAGCACCUAUCCAAACCUAUGGAUGAACUACAUGAACCGAACAUACUUAGAAGAGAGAGCCAUCUUAUGUCCAAGAAAUGAGAUGGUCGAUGAGGUAAAUUCUUACAUCAUGGGUAGAAUAGAAGGUGAAGAGGUCACCUAUCGAAGCUCAGAUACAGUGUGCAAAGCAAUGUCAAAUUCAGAAGAUGGAGACCAUUUGUACCCAACAGAAUUCCUGAAUAGUUUGAAGUGCCCUGGAAUACCAGACCACGAAAUACGGCUGAAAGUUGGACUGCCAGUUAUGCUGCUACGGAAUAUCAACCAAAGUGAGGGCUUAUGCAAUGGUACGAGACUAACUAUAACACAGCUAGGCAAAUGGUUCAUAGAAGCUCAGAUAAUAACAGGGACAAACAUUGGAAACAAGGUAUAUAUUCCAAGGAUUAUUAUGUCACCAAGUGACUCAAAAUGGCCGUUUGUAUUGAAAAGGAGGCAAUACCCAAUAUCAGUUUGUUUUGCAAUGACGAUAAAUAAGAGUCAAGGGCAGUCGCUAAAACAUGUGGGGCUAUAUUUACCAAAGCAGGUUUUCAUACAUGGCCAACUCUAUGUGGCGGUAUCAAGAGUCACAAGUAGAGAUGGACUUAAAGUUCUAAUUUCAGAUGAAGAAUCUAAGGAAAAUAAUUCGGCAAAAAAUAUUGUGUACAAGGAGAUCCUUUAGUCAAGAGACCUUACAGUAUUUCUAUUUUACUCUAUGUAACCUUCUUCAAAAGGAAUUUCAUACGGAUUUCAGAUGAAUCAGGUAUUUCUACGGACACACAUGACUAUGUUUGCAAAUUUGAUCUAGCACUCAAACAAUCUGUAGUCUGUGCAUUGCAUAAUCAGUAUUAAAAAACUACA